AUGGCGUACUACCAACAACAACAACAGCAGCACUCCGAUCCUACCUUCUUCACAGAGGACCACGACGAACCCCAACGGCCGCGAAUGGGCACUCGGGACGCCGCCAAGAUGAUUGCGAGGCAACGGCAGGAGAUUAUCGCCAGCGAGCUUUCCCGGAUAGCUGGUGACGAGUACUUGGAGGAUAUCAUGAAGCACAUGAGGCACAUGGAGGAUGAGACGAUGCCUGAUGCCAAUCUCAUCGACAUGCAAAGAGAGAUUCAAUGGUACAUGAGACCCUACCUCAUCGACUUUCUCAUCGAAGCCCAUGCUGCCUUCGCCCUCCUCCCCGAGACUCUUUUCCUCACUGUCAACCUCCUCGACCGGUACUGCUCAAAGCGUGUCGUCUACAAGCAACACUACCAGCUCGUCGGUUGUGCCGCUCUCCUGAUCGCCGCCAAGUAUGGUGACAAGAAGGACCGCGUGCCCCAGAUCCACGAACUCAACAACAUGUGCUGUGGCUUGUACGACGCCGGCAUGUUCACCCAGAUGGAGAUGCACGUCCUCAACACCCUCGAGUGGACCAUUGGCCACCCCACUGUCGACUUCUUCACCCAGCUCAUCGUCGCUGAGGAGCACGACAAGGUUGAGGUUGAGCACAUGGCUGCCUACAUCUGCGAGAUCGCCCUGUACCACCGCGACUUCGUCUCCACCAAGCCUUCCAUCAUGGCUCGCUCAUCCCUCGCCUUGGCAAGAGCGAUCCUUGGCGAGCCCGAGAUCAACGAUGGAGAGUGGGACCACGUUGAGAACGUCACCCUGCUGACUCUCUCUCAACACCUGCACAGCCCCUCCGUCGCCCUCGCGAGGAAGUACUCAUCAUCACACUUCUCCGGCGUCGCGAAGAAGCUUGCGUCUUUCAUGGCUCACCAAGCUAGCAUCGCGCGAGCCCAGUCGGGGGUCCCUCCGAGUCCGCCUUCUGAGUCCGCCUCAAAACACUCAAACAUCUACAGCACCCCCCAUAAAGGCCACGGAGCUGUCGCAGGAGUAGUAGAAGGAUACAUGACCCCGCCCAUCACCCCUGAUGGCGCCGCAUAUGGAACCGUGAACAAGGACGCAUACCCCAUGCCGCCGAGAUGUCCGGUCACCCCGACACCGCAACCCAACACAGCGGCGUACGCGCAACAACAAGUGCAGCAGCAAUACGCCCCCUUUGUACACCAACAUACGACGGGUCACCACAUGGCCUAA